CUCAUGCUGGGGUUCCCUGCGUGGAUGGUAGGCCACACUUUUUAAAGUGUUUAUUGCUCUCAUCUAGGAGACUUUAGGGUUUUGGGUCUCUGCAACCAGUAAUCCAUCAACAAGCAUUUAUUAAGCACUAACUCUGUGCCAACCGCUCUUGUAGGUACCAGGGAUCCAGAGGCAGGACUGAAGCGGUGCCCGCCCUCGUCCAACCCCAGGAGAACCUGGAGGGCCUCCCCGUCUGUACGGAGUCCCUAAUUGCUCGGCCUCUGCCUGCACGAGUGUCUCCCUUAAAAUUGCCCUUCCUUAAGAAAGGAGCAUCAGAGGGAAGAAAAUGACUUCUGGGUUCCUAACAGCCACAUCCCAGGAGUCAGUGACCUUCAAGGAUGUCUCUGUGGAUUUCACUCAGGGAGAGUGGGGACAGCUGAACCUUGCCCAGAAGAACCUAUACAGAGACGUGAUGCUGGAGAACUACCGGAACCUGGUCUCCCUAGGGCUUCAAGUUUUCAAGCCAGAAGUCAUCUGCAGAUUGGAACGAGGAGAAGCCCCAUGGAUACUGGAAAGAGACAUCUCAAGAGGUCCCUGUCCAGAUUGGUCAGAAACUAGAGAAAUAAUUCCAAAGGAGAGCAUUUAUAUGGAAGAAUUAUCCCAUGAAAGACUCAUAAGGAAUGAUUCUUGGAACUUCAAACUUGAAGGAACUUCCAAAUGUGAUGGCAGAUUCAAAAAGCAACAGAUCAAUCAGGGAAGAGGGCCGAAGCAUAUCAUUGCCCAUAAGAACAGUUUCAAUAAGAUGAAAAGUUAUGAACAUGACAAAUUUAAAAGAAAUUCUAAUCACAGGUCAGUCUCUGACAUACAAUGGAGUAGUCCUGCAGAAAAGAUGAUUCAUAAAUAUGAUACAUAUGGAAAUAAUUUCAAACAGUAUUCAGACCUAGUUAAACAUAAUAGAAUCUCCUUGGGGAGGAAAUUUUGGAAGAAUAAUGAAUAUAGUAAAACCUUCUGUUACCACUCAGACCUUAUUCGCUAUCAUAGAAUUCCUCCUGGAGAGAAAUCUUAUACAUAUACUGAAUUUGGAAAAACCUUCCACCAAAAGCGACACCUUACUCAAUAUAAAAGAAUUCCUGCUGCAGAGAAACCAUAUAAAUGCACCGAAUGUGAAAAAUCUUUCAAUAAUAGCACAUCCCUUAUUUUGCACCAGAGAAUUCACACUGGUGAGAAACCUUAUGAAUGUCUUGAAUGUGGGAAAACUUUUAGCCGAAGUAUGUACCUUACUCGGCAUCAGAGAAUUCAUACUAGGGAGAGACCCUAUAAAUGUAGUGAAUGUGGAAAAGCCUUCAGUCAGAUUAUGUACCUUGCUCGGCAUCAGAAAAUCCAUACUGGAGACAGGCCCUAUCAAUGUAGUGAAUGUGGAAAAGCUUUCAGCCAGAUAUUGUACCUUACUCGACAUCAGCGAACUCAUACUGGAGAGAGACCCUAUCAGUGUAAUGAAUGUGGAAAAGCCUUUAGUCAGAUUAUGUACCUUACUCGGCAUCAGAGAAUUCAUACUGGAGAGAGACCUUAUAAGUGCAGUGAGUGUGGAAAAGCCUUCAGCAACAGUUCAUCUCUUAUUGUACAUCAGAGAAUUCAUACUGGAGAGAGACCCUAUAAGUGUGACAUAUGUGAAAAGGCCUUCAGCCAGAGAGGACACCUUACUGAACAUCAGAAAAUUCACAAUCGAGAAAAACCAUACAAAUGCACUGACUGUGGGAAAGCCUUUAGCCAAAUUAUGUACUUUAAUCAGCAUCAGAGAAUUCACACUGGAGAGAAGCCAUACAAAUGUAAUGAAUGUGGAAAGGCCUUCAGCAAUAGCUCAACCUUUAUUGUACAUCAUAGAAUUCAUACUGGAGAAAAACCUUAUGAAUGCCUUGAGUGUGGGAAAGCCUUCAGCAAGUGCACAGGCCUUGUUCUCCAUAAGAGAAUUCAUACUGGAGAAAAACCCUAUAAAUGUAACGUAUGUGAGAAAACUUUCAGUCGGAGGGGCCACCUUACAGAACAUCAGAAAAUUCACAAUGGAGAAAAACCCUAUAAAUGUAAUGAAUGUGGGAAAAGCUUUCGACAGAGAGGACACCUUACUGAACAUCAGAGGACCCACACUGGGGAGAAACUCUAUAAAUGUAAUGAAUGUGGCAAAGCCUUCAGUAAUAGUUCACAGCUUACUUUACAUCAUAGAAUUCAUACUGGAGAAAAGCCUUAUAAAUGCAGUGAAUGUGGCAAAGCUUUCAUCAAUAGCUCAUUCCUUACUCUGCAUCAGCGAAUUCAUACUGGAGAGAAACCUUAUAAGUGUAAUGAGUGUGGGCAAGCUUUCCGUCAUCCAGGAAAUCUCACUGAACAUCGGAAAAUUCAUACUGGGGAGAAACCCUAUAUGUGUAGUGAAUGUGGAAAAUCCUUUAGUCGUAGUAUGUACCUUACUCGGCAUCAGAGAGUCCAUACUGGAGAGAAGUGCUAUAAAUGUAACAUGUGUAAUCGAGCCUUCCAGCAUAGCUCUUCCCUUGCUCUCCAUCAGAGAAUCCAUAAUGGAGAUAAACCUUACAAAUGUUUUGAAUGUGGAAAAGCGUUCAGCCAGGGACUGUACCUUACUCGACAUCAGAGAAUUCAUACAGGGGAAAAACCUUAUAAAUGUAAUGAAUGUGGUAAGGCCUUCAACCAGUCUGCCGGUCUUAUUCAGCACCAGAUAGUUCAUACUGUGGACAAACCCUAUAAGUGUGAUGAAUGUGGGAAAACUUUCAGUCGGCAAGGAAGUGUCAUCCAACAUCAAAGAAUUCAUACUGGAGAAAAACCCUAUAUAUGUAGUGAAUGUGGGAAAGCCUUCACCCACAGCUCAUCCCUUGCUGUACAUCAGAGAAUUCAUACUGGUGAGAAGUCCUAUGAAUGUAAUGAAUAAUUCAUCACCAUUUCCCUUCCCCUCCUCCCCCCAAAAAAAUCUGGAAACAACUGAAAUAUCUAAUAAUCGGAUGAUGACUGAAUGCUGACAUAUCAAUAUAAUGGGACUCAGAAUUUCAGAGUCAAAAGAAACCUCAGUUGUUAUCUAUUUCAACAACCCUAGAAAGGUCAUCCAUCAUUUCCUUAGAGACUUCCAAAGAGAGGAAACCCACUUCCUGAGGGAGUCCAUUCCAUUUAUGUCCAUUUAUAUAACUCUGGGAGCCAUUCUAAUUAGAAAUUUUUAAUUUCUUUUAUUACACCUAAAUCUGCAUUUUUGCAACUUCCUUCCAUUGCUCCUAGUUCUAUCUUCUGGGGACAAAUAACAGAAUAUAUGUAAUACCUCUUCUGUAGUCCUUCAGAUACUUGAAGAUGUCUAUCAUGUGCCCUCUAAAUCUACUCUAUUCCAAGUCAAAUUUUCACCCUUGCUUCAAUCAGUCCUUCUAUGACAUGAAUUUAAAGCCCUUUGAACUCCUGGAUGACCUUUUUUUGCUCACCAGAUUAUCAUUGUACUUCCUAAAAUGUGUUACCUAGAAUUGAAUACAUUACUCUAGAUGUGGUCUGAUUGUGACAGAUCAUAACAAGAUUAUUACCUCCUCAUUAUUGAAAGCUAUGCUUUUUUUUCCCAUUACCUUUUUGGCUGCUAUAUUGCACCAUUGACUCAUAUUGAGUCAACUAAAAUCCCUAAAUAUUUUUCAGAGAAACUGCUGUCUAAAUAUUCUUCCCUCAUUUUAUUUUAUUUUAUUUCAUUUUUUAAAAUAACUUUUUAUUGACAGAACCCAUGCCAGGGUAAUUUUUUACAGCAUUAUCCCAAGCAGUCCUUUACAUGUUGAAUACAUGUUGAAUAGGUUACAGUAUAUCCUAGGUACAAUAUAUGUGUGCAGAACCGAACAGUUUUCUUGUUGCUCAGGGAGAAUUGGAUUCAGAAGGUAUAAAUAACCUGUCUUCCCUCAUUUUAUAAUUGUGAAGCCAAUUUUUUUUAACCCACCACUUGGUACUUAACUAGAGUCAGUCCAAUAUUGCUAACUGGUCAAGACAGCUUGAAUCCUAUCCAUUAUUGUAUAAGCUAUUUCUCCUGGAUUUAUAUCACCUGUACACUUGAUAAAUAUGCUGACUUAUCCAGGCCAUUAAUAAAAAUAUUAAGUGGUGUACAGCCAUGUACAACACUCAGGAAGGGGGGACCCCACUGAAGACCGAGGGGACAUAAAUCACUAAAGGCUCAUAUCCUGUAGCAUUGCUCCCAUUUUCCAGAACAUCUUAAAGGUGACUGACAAGUGACUCAAUAGGCUAUCAGUUCCUUCAGCACUUGAUAAUGAUUAGAACCAGUUUUCUUGAACAGAUCAUGGAAUGCUAGAUGCGGAGAUUACUUCCAUUCCUUGGUUUGUCAGCUGCUCAGUAUCCAUUUUCAUAUGUUACCUCCAGUCUAAAGGUCAUUUAUUCCAAUUAUCUAGCCCAGGCUCCAGUCUUCUGCCUUCUUUGUUCUUUCCCCCAAUGUAGCUAAAGGAUGUUUUGUUGCCCUUAAUUUAGCUUAUCAGCCUCAGUUUAUUCUCAACUACUUUUAAUUCAUCCUAUUAACUGUCCCUUUCUUUUACUUUCUGUAUUUUUUCCAUUUCCCUUUCCUUUUCCCUUUCCCUUUCUUUUCCUUUCCUUUUUCCUUUUCCUUUCCUGCCCUGUCCUUUUUCCUUUCUUCUUUCUUUCUUUCUUUUUGGUAAGGCAAUUGGAGUUAAGUGAUUUGCUUGGGACCACACAGUGUCAAGUAUCUAAGGCCAGAUUUGAAUUCGGGUUCUCCUGACUGGGUAAUCUCAUUGCACAUGUCUUUUUAAGAUCCAAAUUCAUCGGACUUCCUGUGCACUUCCAUCAUUCUCUUCAGACAAUAUCCCGUUUUCUUGCUGAAUGGCAGUUUCUCUUUGUGUCUUCAGAAUUUCAUUUAUGAAUACUUUUUACAACUCUCCUGUACUGACUUCCUCUGUACACUUUUAGUUAUGGGACAGUCCUUUGAAAUCACAUACAGCAAUAUGUUUAAAAUUAUUGAGGAAUACUACAACCUAUGUUAAUAUCCGUACAAUGACAAGCGAUCUAGAGGAAUCCCUUCUCAGAAUAUUGUGUUGCUCCCUUCACCUUCCAGAAAGAUUCAUGGAGUAACAUGAAUAGUAGUACUAAAGAAGCAGUAUGAAUGAGUUUCAGUCUGCAUCUCUGGCAGAAGUCUGCCUUCCUCCUCUCAGCCCAUUGAGCUCAGAGAUCUAUGGAAAUAUGACAAAACAUUUUUACAUGCUUAAUUAUGGAUUUAAAAAUGAAUGAAAUAACAUGAAGCAAACUAGAAGCACAAAAUUCACGCCUACUACAACAUAAAAGGAAGAAGGGGGAAUGUAUACAUAAAUAUGUAGUGAUGAUUUGGAAGAUUUCAUGCAGAUGUGGAAUAAUAAACAAUAACGGACAUUUUAAAUAUUGAAAUUAAUGAAUUGUAAAUGCUCAAAGUCUAAUUGGUUUUAUUACUUUUUAAAAGUUAAGCUACUAAUGAAUUGUUUAAAAAUAAACAAUGAAAUACGAUAAGGAAAAA